UCGUAUACUAACUUCAAUAGUAAUGGAGAGAAAUUUGACUAGCUCCCGUUUUCGGAACUAUAGCCUUUCAAGCACGUGCGUUGUCUGGUAAUGACAGUUGUCGGAGGCCUCAUGUCAAAAGUGUAAAUCGGCCGGCAAGCAGGAAUCGCACGGAAGGAUAUGCCUUCAAAAAAAGAACGCCGGCGUCAGAGGAUGAACGCACGAGAUAAUAACAGAGGAGGAGAGAAUAAUUACAAUGACAGAGAAGAUGGGUAUGGAUUCAACGGUGAACGGAAUAAUAACUGGGGCAAUAGUCGCAACACAGGCAGUAAAAAUAACCGCAAAAACAACAAAAAUAGUCAGAAAUACGGCAGAAAUAAUUUACAUUCUCAAAAAGGAAGCCGAGGCCAAGAUCGUCGUCGCGGAGGAGGAUCGAACUGGGAUAAUCAGGGUGGCGAUCAUGCUUAUGGUUUCCGGAAAUUCAGAGACGACGCCGACAAUCGUUCACGCGACGAAAGAACGGGAGCCGAACAUAGACGAUUCAAUUUAGAGAACCAGUUUUAUAACGAACAAGCUAAUGCUAGUAAUCCUUUCCGCGAGGAUCAUCCGCAUGAAGGCAAUAUUGCCCCAAACACUACGGAACCAAUGCGUGAAAGGAAACAGUCGGAAAGCAGUACAGAUUCGUCUAGCUCAGGAGGAACCGAGGAUAGUGUAGUGCGUGAUCUCAAAGAUGCUGUUAACGAUACGUUGCUCUCUGGGAAAGCGAUCGAGCCGAAUAACUCACAAAGUAAUCUUCAAACACCAGCUGUAGAGCGUAAUCAUAUAGAGACCCAAAAAGAAAAGACGGAAUCCAAACCAACUGUAAAAGUUAAGAAAGAACCCACUUCCAAAUCGGAAAGCUCUUCCUCGUCAUCCAGCAGCAGUUCAGAAGAAUCUUCAUCCUCGUCGGAUGAAAAUGAACCCAGGAAAGCAGCCAGUGUAGAAGAUGUAAUUUGUCUGGGGAAACUCGAGAAAAUUGAGAAUUUAUUGGAAGAUGAAGUUGCAGAAAACUCAUCAAAAUGUGCCCUUUGUGACAAAACGGGUCAUAUUUCAUUUCACUGCCAAAUGAUUUGCAAAAAUUGCAACGGGAAGUACCACGGCUUGAAAGACUGCCCAAAACCAGCGAACCUAUCUAUCGUCUUCAGUAACUUUAUACAAUUUUGCUUAAAACAGAGUUGCAUGUAUAAUCCUGGUGCCGAAUUCGUUGUUGAUGAAAACAUGCAACUGAUCCCAUCAGCAGCUUCGGCUUCAGCGGAUGGAACGAACAGCUUGCGUAGUGUGGGCAAAAAGCGGAAGAGAAAAUCACACCCUAGAACGCCGCGAAUAUCAAACCGAAAACGUCACAAGUCGACAACGUCUAGUUCAAGUGAUAGCAGUUCGAGCGAUACAUCUUCGCGUAAACGAAAACGUCGAAAUACAAAGUCUGAUAACCAUCAAACUCCACCACCUAUUCCAUUUGCUGUUCCAUAUCAACCCGUCUUCAAUCCCACAUACGGUUUUGGAUCAUCUGGAGGAGUGAAUCCGCUACUUGCAUUCAGCCAGAUGAUGGGCUUGAAUCCUGGUUCUAUGAACUUCCGAAGCGACUCCGUGGCGAAAGAAUUGUAGUAUGUAAUGUCAAAUAUUUAGUGUACAGUUUACUGUGAAAGAUGUAUAAGUUAUUAGUGCGAUAAGAUGUAAAUUUUUAUAUUAACGUUUAUUUCAUUAGGAAAUUGGGUUUCUUUUUUUUCUUUUAUUAAUUAUUAUUCUUCAGAAAUGAUAUUAUAUAAUUAUGUAUAUCACCCUUUGUGAGUGCGAUAGACGGCCUAUUAGCGGUUAAAAAUCCCACACUCCCAAAGCACGUGAACCAUGGGGUUAGUCUUUCGAAGAUUUCCACCUCUUAAAAGCAAAGUUUUCCAUAGUUUUCUAAGGCGACUAAUAGAAUUGUUCCAAAGUAAAAUACAGCAAUUGGAAGGAUCUAUAUUCUCCCUACGGAAAUAAGUGCCAGUUGAUUGCAAAAUUUCAUUUCGUCAAUAGAAGUAGGAAAAAUA